AUAACCACAGUGCUGUUGGUGAAAACGUUAGUUUUCUCGCGUUGCAAUUUCCAAUAAUGUUGUUUCACGUCGUUGCCGCUGCCGUUCUCACGAACAUCGCAUUUUUGGAGAUCUACUCGUUCUACAACACGGAGAAUCCCACGGAUGUGCAAUUAUUGUCCGUCGCCUCUUACGACAGGCAGGGGAUACCGUGGCCGUAUUCUAAGCCCCCCGAGCCACAGGGGGUAAAAAAGGGAUACAUGGAUAUAAGUGAUACAGGGAUAUAAAGAAUACAGUGAUGUAAGGAAUACAGGGAUCUAAGGGGUAGAGAGUUGCAAAGAAUUCAGGGAUUUAAGUAUAUAAGGAUGCAGUGAUACAGGGAUCCACACGAGGCCUAUAAGGAGGGAUAGAAUAAUAAAUAAAAGGGAUGCUGAGCUGAGACGCGCAAAAAGGCUAAGAUCAUAAAUUUUAUUUUUCUUAUGAACUUGUUUAAUAUGCUAAGAAAAUAAAUAAGGCAAAUUAAAUAAACUUAGAAAAUGCCUGCUGGUUCAAGGUAUCAUACCCUAUGAUUGGGAAACCUUCCUUUCCACUGGCUUUGACCAUAAUUUUCCCUAGAAAGACGCCGAGCGUGCUCAAGAAGUACAUGUAAAUCUAACCUCACCUCGGGGUUAUCUGGGACCCCCAACAUUAUAAUUCCUCGACAAUAAAUACAUGUUCAGUCUUUCUGGUAUCUGUAGUCACAGUUCAUUGGAUGAUAACGUAGUGCAUUCUAUUCAGACGAACAAUCACAUAGAAAAACUGUACCUGAUGGUGGUUUUAGUUCGUUGUAUUUCAUUACUAUAAUUUAUAUUUGUGAAGUUAUAUUUUUUGAAAACAAUUGUGUAACAUUACUAUUAGUUUUGACCUAAAAUUAAUACUGUUUAGUGUUUAGUUACUGUUACUGUUUAAUGAAGCUAAAAAGAAGACACUACAAAAUUUAUGAUGAGUACGUAUUGUUUACAUAGUACAGUUGAAACUCAGUUUGUUGAUUAAUCAUUAGUCAUGAUUAAGGCAAUAUUGGUAUUCAAUAAUCAUGGAAAGCCUAGACUUUCAAAAUUUUACCAAUACUUUAAUGAAGAUAUGCAACAACAAAUAAUAAAAGAAACAUUUCAGUUAGUUUCCAAAAGAGAUGAUAAUGUUUGUAAUUUUCUGGAAGGUGGAAGUUUAAUUGGUGGUUCUGAUUAUAAGUUGAUUUAUCGACAUUAUGCAACUUUAUAUUUUGUAUUCUGUGUGGAUAGUUCAGAAUCAGAAUUAGGAAUAUUAGAUCUAAUACAAGUUUUUGUUGAAACAUUGGAUAAAUGUUUUGAAAACGUAUGCGAACUUGAUUUAAUCUUCCAUGUAGAUAAAGUUCAUUACAUACUUAAUGAAUUAGUGAUGGGUGGAAUGGUCCUUGAAACUAAUAUGACUGAAAUACUGACACGAAUUGAAGACCAAAAUAAAUUGGAGAAACAAGAGGCAGGAAUCACAGCAGCGCCGGCGCGAGCUGUUUCUGCUGUCAAGAAUAUGAAUAUACCACAGCAGAUAAAGGAUAUGAAGUUGCCUGAUCUGCCACAGGCCAUAAAAGAUCUCAAAUUCUGACCAGCCGUUACGUCGUUGGCUCCAAGCUGACUGAUUUCACCUACAAUUCCAAAUACAAGUGACACCACAAGGGUUUUUUUCUCCCCUCUUCAAACAAAUGAGAAUGCACCAAUACUGCCUACAAACUCUUCAUGUAUUACAUCUCAACAGUACCAGAAUUAAACGUGAAGAUUAUAUUGGUUCUUAUGACUUAUAAGAACCAUGUACAAAGUGACAAGGGCUCCUAUUGUGAAGAUUAACAAAAUAUAUUUGAUUUUAAGAACAAGGAUCUAAAA